CUGAUUGGCUGGGAGCCCUUCUGGGCAAUGUAGUGUUGGCUGCUGGAUAUCCUGUUCUUGUUGCUCGCCAGUGACCCCUCUGGUCACUCAGGAGCCUGCGGAGAUGGGACAGGCCUACACAAAUCAUUGGGUAUUCCAAAUUGGGAGACUGGCGGAUAAGGGGCAAACACGUACACUCAUAAUAAUUUGUUACCAUUGCCAUGAUGCAGCAUGUAGGCGCUUCCUGUCCAAAAUGGGGUAAUGGGUGUGACCUCAUCCAGAGGAGGGGAAAGGAGUCGUGGAGAAACAGGAGUUGGUGAGAGAACAACAGGUUGUGUAGUCAUGGCAGGCGUUGUUUUGAAUACCAGCGUUUGGCACGGGUAGACAUAUUUUUGGUACUGAUAGUGGUUACGCAUUAACGUACUUUGCGAUGAGCCCAGUUGAACAGCAUUUUUAAAAUUUCACAAGGGAGGGCGUUGAUUGGAGCUUUCCCGACAGUGGUGCAUAAAAUCUGUGAUAUGCUAAACAACAAGAUAGGCAAGUUUUUUUUUUGCUGCAUGAUUUUGACCAUUGUUGUUUGACAAAUGAAGAUUGAAGUUCCCCACAGUACAGUUGGAUUCACAGUGUCCAUCUGUGACUCGAACUCAGUGUAGGGGGAGCAGAGCGGGACAUUAUACAGAAGGACAGAUCGAGAGAAGCCAAGAGUCCAGGUAAUCAGAAUUAAGGAUUUUUUUUUUCAAGAGCACUGGAACUCACAGGAACUCUGAAGACUGAACACUGAACUUAAGCCAGACCCACCAUUUUGAGUAUUUUCUGUCGACAGCAAGUUUUCCUGCGAUGACUACACUUUCCAUUGAUCCCCGGGAUAUUAACAAAGAGAAGGAUUCAUGUGUAAAGCACAGCCCUGAAUUUGUUCGUCCAACCAUGUCUAGAAUGAGGCAGGUGAGGAUUAUGCUGAUGGGUCAGACUGCAGAAGGACAGAGGUCUGCUGGAAACAUCAUUUUGGGGACAGAGGCUUUCCCAGUUUCAGAAACACAGAACAGUGAGAGGCAUGAUGGGUUCGUGGCUGGGAGGAACCUGGCAGUGAUCACUACAGCAGAUCUGUUUAACUCAAAUCUCACUGAAGAGGAACACUCACUGAAGGUUGGGAAGUGUUUGAGCCUGUCUGACCCAGGACCCCAUGUGUUCCUGUGGGUGCAGCAGGAGAGGAACAUCACACAGGAGGACCGAAACGCUCUGAGGAGGUUCAAGAAGUCUUUCGGUGAAGGAGCUUCAAGGUACUCAAUGGUGCUGUUCAUGCAUGAAGACCACAGGGAAUAUGUCUGUGUUGGUGAUUCAGCUAAACUUGGUGAUGAUUAUCUGCUGGACUCUAUUCAAGACUGUGGGGGCAGGUAUCACUUCCACAGCAAGAGAAACCAUACACAAGUAACUGAGCUUCUGGAGAAGAUCCAAGAGAUUGUGGAUGAAAAUGGAGGCAGUUACUUCACCAGGGAGAUCUUUAAACCAUCGGAAGCUGUUCUGAAAGGCUCGGAGAGCACAAAGAAAGAAAUGACUUCUGGAGAGGACCUGGAAGGUCCCUUGAGGAGAGAAGUUCCUACCAUACUUGGCCAUUCAAGAAGUAUGAAUUUCAAACAGGACAGCAGAGAGCGUGUGAGGAUAGUGCUGGUGGGGAAUACUGGUGUAGGGAAGAGUGCCACAGGAAACACCAUACUGGGGAGAGAGGCGUUUUCUUCCAAGACCCAAAUGAGCUCUGUGACAAAGAAAUGCCAGAAAGAGAAAGGAACAGUAGCGGGAAGAGAGGUAGCUAUAAUUGACACUCCAGGCCUGUUUGAUAGCACCCUGUCAACUGAGGACGCCCAGCAGGAAAUCAUGAAAUGCAUUGGGUUGGCAUCUCCUGGACCUCAUGUGUUCCUCUUGGUGAUAUCAGUGGGACGCUUCACGCAAGAGGAGAAAGAAACACUCAGGCUGAUCAAAAUGACCUUUGGUGACAAAGCUGAGAAGUACACAAUGGUCCUCUUCACCAGAGCUGAUGACCUUGGUGAUCAGUCCAUUGAAGAAUACAUAGCAAAUGGUGAUCCUGAGGUCAAGAAGCUGACUGAGGACUGUGGAGGCAGGUACCAUGUCUUCAGUAACCGAGAAAAGAGGGACAGUUGCCAGGUCAUUGACCUGUUUAAAAAGAUAGAAAUGAUGAACUGGGAUAAUGGAGGAAGCUGCUAUACUCAUGAGAUGUUCCUGGAGGCAGAAAUUGUAAUGAUACGAAUGCAGAUGUGGAAAGCGAAAGAGGAGGAGGUGAGAGACCUGGAGAUGUUACAGGCUAAGUACAAGUCAGAAAUUGAAGAUCUAGAAAUGGAAAAACAGGAGAGAGAGAGAAAUCUGGAAAAAAUACAGAGGGAGAAGGACAAAUUCAUACAACUGGAAGAGCAGGAGAGGACAGAACGAGGGGAGCAACACAGAAAAAGUAAUAACCAAGAUGAAGAGCAGGGGGAAUUACUGGGACACCUGGCACUUCUGGAGAAGAAAGCAGGAAAUGAGGAAGGGAGAGAAGGGGCCAGUGGAACAUGGAGGCCAGAGCAACAUGUUAUAGAGAGCCAGGAGGAUGGAGAGGAGGAAGAAAAAUGCAAACAAGAGAAAAAAGAGGAACAAGAUGAAGAAGGGAAUGAGAAACUGAUUGGAGGAGAGGGGAAAGAGAGAAGGGGGAGCAAAUUUAAAAUAUCACUUAAAAUGCCUGAGAAAAUGAGGAAAGCAAAACAAAAGACGAAAGAAAAGAAAAAAAGAAAAGCUAAUGAUGAAGAGGAAAAGAAAACAAGCGAGACCAAUAAUGCAGAUAAAGAGGCCGAAAAACCAAUCAAUGAUGUAGAAGUGAGUUUGACAGAAGCAGAGUACACAAAACUCAUAAAUAAAAUUACUCAGAAAUAUCAGGAACUUGCAAAGCAGCAAGCAGACGAGAUUGAAUCCUUCAUGUUGAAAUACUCAGAUCAUUUUGAAGCUGUGCAAAGAAAAAAGGAAAGAGGAUGUGUGAUACAGUGAUCAGAUGCACAGCGCAUGCACUGCCCAGUUUCAGGAAUGUGUGUUGGUGAAUGUGGUGACACCACCAUUUCACUUCCAACUAAAACUAGAUUUUGGAAUAAUGAUAAAAUGUAGUGGAAAUCUGGAGGUGUUACGUAGAAGACAGGGAUUUUUUAACAUUAGCAUUUUUUUUACAAGACAUUAAUGCUAUACUUGGCUAUGUAUAAAAGGUGCUGCCAUUUUUAAAAGGUGAAAUGAAAAUGUAUGAAAUUACCAUUUAAUAAAAGUUGAGAAUCUGUACUCUAAGCACAUGUGAACUGUUCGGUUACAAUUCUAUUUACAAAGUACAGAGCCAAAUAUAAAAAAUAUAACUGCAAGCAGUGAUUCCCGGGGUCCAACCAGCAUAACAACAAUUGGCAAACACAGAUAAUUGAUGAAGGUGGCCCUGAACCAAGAAUAUGGAUCAUGGCAUCAACUUUGGGACAUGUCUGACCUAACAGUUAUUUUUAGUGAAUUUUUGAAUCUUUUCUUACAUUUUGACCUCUAAAGCACCACCAUGUAGUUGGAUUAAACUUAGAUACACAUACCAAAUUUCAUAACUUCAUGCCACACUGCUUUGGAAUUAUUAGUUUAAGGAGAUGCAGCUCCAAUUUCAUUGGCUUGUCAUUCAGCCAUAUUUUGAUACAGCUCCUACAACGUUUGUGUGUGUAAAAAGGUUUGUGAGAUGAGGCAAAAUGUAAAAUUUCAUGUAUACUGGUUAAUUGUUGUAGAAGGAUAAGCACUUUAAGUGUUCUCAUAAAACUCAAAAUGGUGUGAAAUACAAUAUGGUUCCUUGAGGCAAAUUUGUUCUUUGUGAGGAGGGAAUUCUACUGAAAUUGUUUUCAAGCCUCCAGGUCAAACAAUGCAGGAGUUAUGAUUGCUUAAUAAUUUCAAUUUCAACUGAUAGCACCAUCAAGUGGCCAAUCACCUGCUAAUUUAGUAUUGGGUUAUUGGGUGCCACCAUCUAGCAAUAUGCUAAGUUUCAUAAGAAUCAACCAAGCCUUUAAGAAAAGUAAUAGAGGAGUAAAUGUUGUAGAAAAUGGUUGCCGAUUCAAGAUGCCGCUGAUCCAGUAAGCACAUAGUUACGUUCUGUGUGAAAGCCACACUCACUGCAAUUUCAUUGGCUCAUAAUUCAGACAUUUUUUGAUAGAAACACUAGAAAAGUAAUACCUGCAUAAAGGUUUGUGAGAUGAGCCAAGCUGUGUAAAUCCAACUAUUUGGAUUAAGGGAGGAUAAAGGGAGGAGAGUUGCAUGCAUUUUCAGUGUUUUUCAAAAAAUUCAAAUUGGUGGAAAAUACAAUAUGGUGAUCUCAUGGAACCUUAUGGCACAUUUGUUCUUAGUGAGGAGUGACAUCUACUGACUGUGAUGAAUAGGGGUCUAACACCACACACACACACACACACACACACACACACACCGGAGGAAGUGGAAGGAGUCAUGGAGAACAGGAAUUGAACUAUUGUCGUGCAGAGUAUAGUUUUGAAAACCAGAUGUAUGUUUUAUGUGGUAAUGGUUGCGAUUGCAUAUAACCAUGCUUUUGGGUGAGCCCAGCUGAAUAGCCUUUUUUAUAUUUCAUGGCAAAGGAGGGAUAGAUCAGCCAUUGAGCCAGGGG